AUGGGAAUUGUGGUUAUUCAAGAAUGGUGGGGUAUGAAUCAACAAAUACAAGACAUGGCAUUGGACAUCUCUAAAAGAGGCAACGUUACUACAAUUGUUCCUGAUUUAUACCGUGGUGAAAUUGCUACAGACCACGAACACGCUGGUCAUCUUAUGUCUGGCCUAGAUUGGCAAGGAGCGGUUCUGGAUAUUCAAGGAUGUGCUGGACACUUGAUUCAAAAUGGCUGUUCCAAGGUUGGGGUGAUUGGCUUCUGCAUGGGUGGAGCCCUGUCCCUAGCUUCAGCUGUUCUUGUUCCUGAAAUCAGUGCCGCAGCCCCAUUUUAUGGAAUUUGUGCUGCUGAUCUUGCUGAUGUCUCAAAGAUAAAAAUUCCACUGCAGUGCCAUUUUGGCGAUAAAGAUUCGGUUCCCGGUUUUUCGUCGAAAGCUGACCAAGACAAGUUGAAGGAAAAAUUAGAUGCCGGUGGAGUAAAAUAUGAAUUCUUUAGUUACCCAGCAGACCACGCGUUUGCGAACCCGACAAGUGCGAACUUCAUCAAAGAAGAAGCAGAGAAAGCACUAAACAGAUCAGUGGAAUUUUUCAAGAAACACCUUGCUUAA